AUGAGGUUCUCCUCACUGUUUCCGCCCGGUGAUGCUUCAAUCCUACCGCUACCGCAGCUGAUCUCGCUUCUUUCCCUUCCGCUGGCUCGAGCCACUCUGUUUACCCCGGUGCCUUCCCCCCAGCUUGAUCUUGGUCCGCUUGGCCGUGUCGCCCUCACUGGCAAUUUCGAUGCCAUCUCGUUAUUCACGUACCAGCAGCAGCGAGACGAGGUCCUCGCCGUUUACAAUGGCUCCCAGUCCCAGUCGUUAAUCGCCCCGCUGCCCAACGGAGGCCUUGCUCCCAUCUCGUCUGCCGAUGCGGAUAUCCUGGCCCUGUGCUCGCUAACAUCAGAGGAUGGCUCGUUGACAAGUAUCGUGGUUGGGGGCAAUUUUACUAGCUUAGGAGGGAUCGAAUCUCAAGCUCUUGCGCUCUUUGACCCAAACUCCGGGAAAGUGUCUGCCAUCCAAGGAUUAUCAGGUCAGGUCCGCGCGUUACUCUGUGACUCCGACAAGGUCUACGUGGGCGGCGAUUUCAAGGAGUCCAAUUCGUCAAACGCCAUUUCCUGGUCUCGGCGCUCCGGUUUUUCCAACCUUCCUUUCGGUGGCUUCAAUGGCCCGGUAUCCUCAAUUGUUAAAGCGGAGAACGAUCAUAUUGUGUUUGGAGGGUCUUUCGACGGAUUAGGGAAUGCGACAACUCCUUCUCUCAAGGAUCAACAAAUGGUCAAUCUUGAAACUGCCGAAAUCUCCUCUGGCGGAAGCUCUAUACGGCCUGGGUUCGAUAAUCCGCGGAAUGCCGUGUGCCAGGCCACGAAACGGGACGGCCCCGGCAGCACUUGGCUUCUGGCGGAUCAACAAGCGGGAUAUUGGCAUGCGCAGAUGAGGUUUGGUUACCAACCUACUAAGCUAAGACUUUGGAACACCCACUUCGAAGGGCGGGGAACGAGGACUUUCCGCUUCAUCGCACUACCCGACACGGGGAUUCUCAACCUGACUUACACUGACCCUGCUACCGGGAAUGAGAUGGCUUGCGACGCUAGGUGUCCCCUUUCCGAUGACCCAGCUGAGGAGUUUCGCGAUUUUCACUUUGUUAACCUCGUUGGCAUGAAUGGAUUCCGGCUAGAAAUCUUAGAAUUUUACGGUCAGGGUGGAGGCUUGAACGGUGUAGAGCUGCUUCAAGACGACAUCUACGUGCACGCGGUUAACGACUUUAACGAACCGGCGUGCGCGAAUAUCCCUUUCGCUUCCAAAUCUACAAAUACGGGAACCUGGACAGUAAUUCCUUCAGUUCAGAGCUCUUCCGAUUACUUACGCGCGCAAGUCGAUUCCUCUACACGAUUAUCUACAUCCGUCACCUUUUUCCCGGAUAUUAAACAGUCCGGCAAUUAUUCCGUAACGAUAUUUACCCCGGGUUGCAUUCAAGAUGGCACUUGCGCAACACGAGGUAUCGUCAACGUAACGGGGAAAUUCUCGAUGCAAGAUGAAAAUCCCGUUCAGUCCUCAAUUCACCAGACCAACAAUUUCGACAAAUACGAUCAGAUAUACCUUGGGCGUGUCGACGCAGCCAAUGCUAACUUUCGACCUGAAGUGACUGUUUCAGCACAGAGCGGGCAGGGCGCUAUAAAUAUUGUCGCGUCCCGGGUUCGAUUCCAGUUAAUUUCGUCCACCGGUGGCCUUAACGGUUUAUUUGACUAUGAUCCAAGGCAGAAUGACUUUAACACUAACUUUUCUGCCUCUGCUAUAAACAGGGCGGGCACUGAGCUGGACCGUGGAGCGAUAGUCAAUGAUUUAACGUACAAAGACGAUACCCUCUUUGUGGGCGGCAAUUUUUCAAAUGCAACCAUUCACAACAUCAUGUCGAUCAGGGAUGGCCGCGCAUCGGGAUUGUCUGGCGAUGGAUUGAACGCCGCAGUAGCCUCGAUGGUCACCCUCGAUGAUUUGGUAUAUGUAGGAGGCAAUUUCACGAAUCUAGCGAACGGUAGCCAGGAUAAACUGAAACACGUCGCUGCGUACUCGAUUCCCGAUGACACUUGGCUAUCGUUGGGAUCCGGCGUCAACGGUUAUGUUCGAUCGCUCGUGCGAUUCCCUGUGAAUGUCUCUUCUAGCAGGAUUGAGUCUGCUAUCGCUGUAAGUGGCGAUUUCUCUCAGAUUGAGGAAUCGGAUGGGCGUCGAGCCAUUCCCGCCAGGGGAUUCGCUGUGUGGGUGCCUUCGGAGAAGAAAUGGUUGCAAGAGCUUGAGAUCAAUCAAAUGGCGUAUGUGGGACAGCUCACAACUUCCAUCGUGGCAAAGGACGAUACCAUAUUGGCUGGUACAUUGGCAUCGGGUGGAAUUUCAUCCCAUGGCGCCGUUGCACUAAGCGACGACAACGGACUUGCUCUCCAGCCCUUGCCAGUCAAGAUUCAACAAACGCCGGAUUCGAACCAGAGGAAACGGGCUUUACUGGAUAAAAAUGGCGCCCAAGCUGUGACAACCGGUCUUUUCGAUAUGGGUUCCGGUCGGAAUCUUACCGUUCUGGUUGGACACUUCACCGCUACAGCAUCGGACGACUCGACCAUCCAAAAUGCGCUUUUGAUCGACGGUUCCGACGGCGAUAAAGUGACAGGCCUUGGACCAGGGAUAACUUCGAACUCGACGUUUCUUUCUACGGCAGUUCUCCGAGACUCUCUCUUCCUUGGCGGUAAAGUAAUGGGUCAAAUCAGUUCGUCCAACAUCGCGGGACUUGUUGUCUAUGACCUGGCAAGGAGGGAAUACCCUGCAAGCCAACCAGGGCUUUUGGAAGGCAACAAUGUUGUCGUUAAUACUAUUGCGCCGCGCCCGGGUUCCAACGAAGUCUUCGUUGGAGGUCGAUUUGAUUCCGCUGGUUCCCUGCCGUGUCCGGCUGUUUGUGCUUUGCAAACAGAUGCGUCACAAUGGGUUAGACCCGGAUCGGGCCUUCAAGGAGAGGUAUCCGCUUUAACAUGGGUGUCAAAGGAAAAACUAAUUGCUGCUGGUAACAUGACCGUGGGCGGCAAUCGGACUACGCUUGCUAGCUAUGAUGCAAAGGCACAGUCCUGGUCUUCGAUUAGCGGAAGAUCCGCUGAUUUGAUUACCGGCCCUGUGACAGCCCUUGGACUUGCCAGGGCAGAUGGGUCUCGAUUCUGGGUGGCAGGAAAGUCUCCAAGCGGCUCUACGUUCCUCAUUUAUAAUGACGGCACCGAGUUUCAUUCUGCGGGGUCGCUCUUCGGCGAACAAACAACCAUCAGAGGCGUUCAGAUACUCUCUCUUCGCGAAGAACAUGGCGAUGCUGAGCUGAUUGAAAGGAAUCAAGCUUUACUUUUAACCGGCCAGAUCCAAUUACCGAAAUUUGGAAUUGUCUCCGGCGCGAUAUACAACGGAUCGACCGUAGAGCCUUUCAUAUUGUCGAGCACAUCUGACGGUAAACCGGGAAGUAUCAAUGGCUUGUUUUCUGAAAAUGCAAUCAAGCUUAGCGGCAGCCGUCAACCACGCUCCCGGGGUAUCGUCGUACUCGUCUCCUUCUGUAUCGCCCUAGGUUGUAUCUUCCUCAUCGUGCUCAUUGGUAUUAUUCUCGGUCGCAUCCGGCGUCGCAAUCAAGGAUACGUUCGCGCUCCGCAGGGUAUGGACCGGAAACCAGAUCUUAGGCGUUUGCCGCCUGAAUAUCUCCUGGAUUCUCUUCGACAACGUUCACCCGGCGUGCCGGCAAUCUGA